CCACGCGUCACCGUCGCGCAUCGUCGUCCUCGUCGUCGUCGUUGUUUAUCGGUUGUAUCUAGUGGUCUUGUCGUUGGAGUACCAAGGGCACUAGUUUUACAAUUGUCGGUGUCGACCCCGAGAACAGCAUAGUUUUCGUACCGCAAGGGCAGCAUUUCCAGUUCACUAGGAGCCAGCGGAUUUCCGAUUGUGCUUUGGUUUACCGCGACGUGAAAAGAGAAGAAAAAGUGAAACCAUAUCUCAAGAAUCAUGUCCGGUUUAAUGAGGACUGCGGAAAGGUCACCGGGCUGACCAAGGUGCUACUCAUUGGCGGCGUUGUCAAAAGUGAGAGUGGUGCGAAGAAAUCGUCCAUGUAGGACGUAGAUAACUACUCACCAACUACAAGCUGAAUGGGAAAAAGUGAAAUAUUUGUGCGGGUAACGAAACCUUUAAUGCGACUUCGCGGUGUUACUAUCUGGCUGGCAGGAUAGAGUCAAGAUCAUCAUCAGUGUGUGAACGAGAAGCAACGUGCUGACGACGCUCGAGGGCGAAAAAUCGCAUAACUCUGAGAAGUGCUGAAAAUUUCUCGUACGGUCUGUAAGGCGUCGUUGCAGUCUGUCAUUAUGUAUUAAAAUCGAUAAUUAUGCAGUGCUCUCCCGGUUGCACAACUGUUCAAAGAAGUAGUCAUAGAAACGAUGACGGUUGCAAUAAUGGGGAAAGAUCUGUGAAGUUGUGCACUACCCGAUGCAGGUGUGGAAAAUAUGCAGCAACGGUUGCUUACCAUAGUGGAACGAGCCGCGAAUGGCCUCUACUCAGUCAUGAAGAGAUUUACGAGUUUGGAUAAAUGCUAAAGCCCAUGGUGUAUCCGCGUUCAAUGUGUAGACCUUCGAAAGUGUGACUAACCACGUGACAAUGCCCCCGCAGAUGGCGGUUGAGAUAAAUUUUCAUCCGAAAGCGUUAAACUGUGAUAAAUUGUGUGAAAGAAGUUGUACUUCGUGAAACUCCUAGUUCUGCUGGGAAAGUUGUAAUUGGAACAGUGGGAACUAUUCCCUUAGGUUAAUUUCAAACAGUUAGUCUGGAAUUAACAACACAGCAACGGAAUCGACUGGAAACUGUAAGCGCGAAGUGGUGAGUAGAAGCUUGGAAAACAGAGCGGUCACUCGCAAUUUCCCUUUCGUUAUUCCUGUCACAAUGAGGAAAAUCGAUGCCAAUAAUGCCAAGUACCUGUUGGACUAUCUGUACUACACCAGAGACGAUGAGCAGUUUCGUUUCUACAAAAAGUCAAGAUCAUCAAUAUUCCGCGGCGUUAUACUGUGCCUGUGUCUGAACCUGACCUACGCUAAUGUGGCCCGCUUCCCACGCGAACUGCAGCAGCAUGGGUCCGCGUUUCUGGUGCCGUACGUGAUACUGCUGCUGCUGGUCGGACUGCCGGUGGUGCUGCUGGAAAUCUCACUGGGUCAGUUCCUCGGCCAGGGUUCGGCGAACAUGUGGCGUGCGGCGCCCUUCCUGAAGGGGGCCAGCUUGGUCGGACGAAUAGCCUCCUGGCUGGCGGCGAUCUGGACCUCAAUGCAGUCGGUGAUUGCGCUACUCUACGUCGGAAUGUUGUCAUUCAAAUCUGUGCCAUUUAGAGAGUGCAAUAAAGCGGUAACGGUCAACCAGCAGUCCAUCCAUGACGGCUAUAAUGUGGAACCCAAAAGCGGACAGGAAUGUUUGAAAGUAACAUUUUUACGUCCAGUGUGGCGAAGUUCCCUCUAUUUUGGACUGCUGGCAUUGAGUUUAAUUCUGCUAUGGGUAAUUUCAAUGGUGUGUACACACAGCGGAAAGAUCAACCGCAGGUCAAUCUAUCUAUUCGGGUUUUUGGCGCUUUUGCUACUGGUAUUCGAAACCGGCUGGGAAGUGACAAAGGCAAUCAACGAUAGUUAUCUUCCGGAGCUUUGGCCAUUCUAUCCGGAAUCAUUUGCGGACAGUACGGUGUGGUUCAACGCGCUGGUGCAGGUCAUCUAUUCGCUUAACAUCGGUAUCGGCGCAGUUCCGGUUAUCACUGGCAAGUUCCUGUACAAAGGAGAUGCCAUCAAAACGUCUUUUGUCUACUUGUUCUUCAACAUACUCAUCACUGCGAUCGCCGUGUUAUUCUAUCUGUUUCAAUUUCACAACACGGCCAAUGAUCCACACCUUCUCUAUCCGGAAUUGACAACGUUGACUGCCAUCUACGACCGAGCCGUAACUGUUCGUGAAUCGGAUCCACUAUUGCAGCAGCUUAUUCCAGCAUUGUCCUACCUGAUGCUUUUCAUCUCGGCUGUAGUCUCCGUUACCAUUUACGUAUACACAUCGACUCGUAUGAUCCGCAAGCAUCCAAAUUACACCGUGUGCCUAGCCGGUCUAGUUGUCGCAAUAGCUGGCCUAUUGUGUCCGAACUAUAUCUUUCCGCGGCUGUUGGACACGCGAAUCGUCGGAUCGUUGAUUGUGUGUGCAAUGAUUUUUGAAAUUAUUUUGAUCAUUUGGGUGUAUGGUUCAAAGAACUUGUACACUGAUCUCGAAUUUUCGCUAGGACGACCAGUUCUAAAAGCAUGGUUGUUUAUUUGGGGCAUUAUUCCAGUAUUGCUCAUCGCGAUUCUGUCUUGGUGGGCGAUCACUUACUAUGACAAUGAUCUGUUAAUCGAUUAUUUCCCCAAAUGGCUACCGGUGGUGUUCAGCUUAGGAGUCAUAAUGCUGCUGGCAUGCUUGGAAAUUAGCAAACAAGUGGAUUACAAUAUCAUAAGCAUGAUCCACGGAGCCACCAAACCAUCGAAGGACUGGGGACCAGCUGAUCCGUUAGUUCGUCAUGCCUGGAAGCAAUGGAAAUCCGUGUGUGAAGACACCGGAGAGCGAGACUUCACGCUCAGGCGACGUGGUACCAAAGAUUACACUAACUCCAUAAAGAAAGGCCAGUAUUCACACUCGAAUAAGUACGGUUCCUCGAAUCGGAACAUUUCGACAGCCGGUAGUAAUUCUCCAAACUAUAGUGGAUCCGUCUUUGGUGAUUCAGCAAUCGAAGAGGACAUAAGUGUUGAUAAAUAUCCACAGUACAAACAGCAACUGUCGGCCUACAGCGUGGAAUCGGUUCACGACAAGUCACCCCACACUUCCGGCAGUUCUCGCAAGUCGUCUCAGAACGACAAACGAACACCCAGCGAACGAAGUCAAGCCGGCCUGAUCGUUGGUUCCCGAAAAGCGUCCGAUAACGGUUUUACAUCACGCGUAGAAAUAAUGGCGGAUGCCGGUUUCCGAGGUGCAAUUCUAAGAAAUCCAAUGGCCAAAACGGAAGCAAAUGGCAACUUCAAGCCUAGCCAGAACUUCACCUCUCUCCCGCCAUUGCCACCCCACCAGAGCAGUACCAAACAGCAGAACCACGUAGUCAGUGCUCAAGCGACUAAAAAUCCAUACCCGGAGGAAGGUUACAAUCGGGAUAUUUUUAUUAGCAACGGCCAACCGGACCACAUAUGUUGGCGAAAGUUUUCCCUCAAUUCGGAAGAAUAUUCAACCGAACUAUAAAGAAACGAUUAUAGUUAGAAAUAGUAACGGCAAUGUCCGAACUAGAAGUCACUUGUUGUUCAAUCUGUGUAAAUAUUAGUUGAAUCGUGGUAGGACCUCCCCUACUCGACUGUUUAUAGACACUCCAUCAACCGUCGACGAACGGUAAAGGCCAAACCUAUUUAUUGUAUCCACUGAACCGAAAAGUUAGCCUAGUAACCAUCUCGAUAAUUUUAUUGGGAAUAGUUUCCAUGAUUAAACCAUGUUUCUGGCCCUCUCGAUAGCUCGACAGCUAGUGAUCGUCAGUACCUUUCUUUCUAGUGCACUUGAAUACAUUCCCUAAAUUCGAGUUAGGGUCGUAUAGGACUGAUUUCUAGAUGAUAUUGAUUGUUUGUUUCUCCUCCUUACACGUACGAAGCUAAAUGCAAUUUUUGAAUGAAAAAAAAACGUUAAUAAUAAAUGUUACAUAACCAGUACUUUAACUUUGUGAGAGAUUUUGGGGUACUUUGAAUCACACUAGCCUAGCGAUAUACCGUUAAUAAUAAUGUAAAUAUUACGAAACAAAAGUAAAACAA